UAUUCAGAUCUAUAUACUGUAUGUAAAGAUGCUGGCUGCUGCUCAUCUCAAUACAAGUCGCGACUUUAUCCUUCUCCCUACGACACACCGAUACCGGCGACGAAGAUGACCUACGCCCACCACGAAACGAUGGAUAUCGAAAUCGAUCCCGAGCACGAUCGUGUCUCUCCUCCCCUCCUACGUUGUGCACCGAGGACCGAAGGCAGGACAGGGACUGACGGUGUCUGAUGCUGCAGUGGUCCAGCGACGACGGCUACGAAACCGCGAGCUCCUACGAUUGCAGCAUCGAGAGUCUCAAGUCUUCGAUCAACCAGUACAUCCUCGAGAAUGGCCGCCGAUAUCAUACGUACUUUGGCAGCAAUCGAAAUCUCAUGCCGACGGACGAGAUGGAACAGGACCGACUCGACAUGCACCACGAGAUAUUCCUGGGGGUGCUUCACGGCGCACUGCACAUGGCGCCGCUGAAGCCUGAGAAGAUAGAGCGCAUAAUGGAUGUGGGCACGGGCACGGGCAUCUGGGCGAUCGACAUGGCGGAUCGGUUUCCGCACGCGGAGGUGAUGGGGAUUGACCUCAGUCCGAUCCAGCCGACAUGGGUACCGCCGAACUGUCACUUCGAGGUGGAUGAUGCGGAACAGGACUGGACGUACGACGCGGAUUACUUCGAUUACAUACAUGUCAGGAACGUGGCUUUGAAUAUCACUAAAUGGCCGCAUCUGCUGGCCGAGACAUACCGCUGUACAAAACCAGGUGGCUACGUCGAACUGGCCGAAGUCUCCGGCGACAUCAUCGCCGACGACGACACUGUCCCGCCCGGCCACCCGCUGAAGCUCUCCUGGGACUACUUGUCAAAGGCGAUGGAGCUGACGGGACACGAUCCGAUAUAUUCGAAUACCUUGGCAGAACGACUCACCGAAGCCGGGUUCGUGGACGUAAAGUCGUUCCGUGUGAAACAGCCGAUCGGCGGAUGGCCACAGGACAGCAAGCUCAAGGUCAUCGGCGAGAUGAUGCUGCUAAAUAUCCAGCUGGGGUUGGAGGCGUAUUGCUUGGCGGCGUUCACGAGGGUACUGGGGAUGGCCACUGGAGAUGCGAGUGCUCUGCUGAAAGAAGCGUCCGUGAGAGCGUGCGAUAGGGGGAUGCACGCUUAUAAUUACUUCUAUAUCGCGUAUGGCCGGAAACAGAAAGAUGGCGAGUUCUCCGAUGAGGAUGAUGACGAGGAUAGUGACGAGGAUUAUGGGAGCGACGAGUCGGCAGAAUACGAUGAUGCAUCGGAGUCCACGGAGAAGCCCAAGCGGACGGGAGAUAUGGAAGAGUAAGAAAUAUCAAUGACAUAGAACAUAAUGAAUGAUACUACUUGCAAAGAAACGACUUGUC